AUGGGAAAGGAGAAACUCCACAUCAACAUCGUUGUGAUCGGUCAUGUGGACUCUGGAAAGUCCACCACCACAGGCCAUCUCAUCUAUAAAUGUGGGGGCAUUGACAAAAGGACCAUUGAGAAGUUUGAGAAGGAAGCUGCUGAGGUAAGUACAAACCUGAGAACAGGAGAUGCAUCAUUUAAUCCACCUAAGUCCUUGUGGUCCAUAUCAAAACCUCAACCCCUAUAAACCAACAACUUUGUUUUAUUGUUCUAUUUCUCAGAUGGGGAAGGGGUCAUUCAAGUACGCCUGGGUACUGGACAAGCUAAAAGCGGAGAGGGAGCGUGGCAUCACCAUAGACAUCUCACUGUGGAAGUUUGAAACCAGCAAGUACUAUGUGACCAUCAUCGAUGCCCCGGGUCACAGGGAUUUCAUUAAGAACAUGAUCACUGGAACCUCCCAGGUGUGUAACAUGAGGAUGUUCGGCCAUUAUGUAUGCUGGAAACAGGACAGCUAGGGUGUUAUGUGAGGCUCUGAGCCGUUUCAAAAGAUUGAGUAGUUAGUCUAUCACUAGUUUAACUGUGUUAGACAUUCUGACUACUUGUACCACAAUAGAGGACUAUUAAGUUUUCAUCAAGUAUAGGUGCAAUGGUCAAAGCUGCAGGGUAGUUAUGGUGCCACUGUCUUAUCUCUGCAUCUUCAGGCUGACUGUGCUGUGCUGAUUGUGGCGGCUGGUGUGGGAGAGUUUGAGGCAGGUAUUUCCAAGAAUGGACAGACCCGUGAGCAUGCCCUUCUAGCCUACACCCUUGGAGUGAAGCAGCUCAUUGUAGGCAUCAACAAGAUGGACUCAACUGAGCCCAACUACAGCCAGAAGCGUUAUGAGGAAAUAGUGAAGGAAGUGAGCACCUACAUCAAGAAGAUUGGCUACAAUCCAGACACCGUUGCCUUUGUACCCAUUUCAGGCUGGAACGGAGACAACAUGCUCGAGCCCAGCCCAAAUGUAAGGACAACAAAUCAAAUAGUCAUGCUUGCUGCUGUACCUUGAAGAGCUGGUGAGACGUAUCCAGCCUUGUAUUUGAAUAGUAAUUUGAAUGAGUAGAGCCUGUGGAACCUGGAGCUCCAGGGAGGCAGUUACUGUGACUACCACACUAACUUUGAAUUAUAAGUCUUACAAAAAAGUUUUCAAAAGUUUCAAAAGUUAAUACUCUUAUGUAUUAAAUUAAGCCAAAUUAGUUUUUUUUUUUCAACAUUCAACAUCCAUUAUACCAGGAUCAUAAGUUUUAAAAUGACAACAACUGAAGAAAACACAUUUUUUUCCUUAGAUGACGUGGUUUAAGGGGUGGAAGAUCAACAGAAAAGAAGGCAAUGCGUCAGGGACAACACUCCUGGAAGCUCUGGAUGCCAUCCAGCCCCCAACCCGUCCAACAGACAAACCUCUUCGUCUACCCCUGCAGGAUGUCUACAAGAUUGGAGGCAUGAAGCUCCCUUACUAAGAUAUAUGUAAAAUCAGAAGUAGGGGAAGGUGUUAUUCUGAAAAUAUCGAGUAAUAAAAAAGUUUAGUCAAGGUCAAGUUCUCUUAGAUGCUUUGUAAUACAUGGUCUUUGCUCUUGUCUUUUUCUCAGGUAUUGGCACAGUGCCUGUGGGCCGUGUGGAAACUGGCAUACUCAAACCUGGCAUGGUGGUGACCUUUGCACCCGUCAAUGUGACUACUGAGGUCAAGUCUGUUGAGAUGCACCAUGAGGCGCUGACUGAGGCUCUCCCUGGCGACAAUGUGGGCUUUAAUGUCAAGAAUGUGUCAGUCAAAGAUAUUCGCCGGGGUAAUGUGGCUGGUGACAGCAAGAAUGACCCACCGCAGGAAGCUGCCAACUUUACUGCUCAGGUAGAAACCACAAGUUUUGUUUUCUUAGAUAUCAUACACAGUUAUGCUUCAGCACUAUCUUCCAAUUCUCGUGUUGUAACUUUUAAAAGUUUUGAAGGAUGUUAUUAGAUUUAAUUUGCAAGUUAACAAAAAUUCUGUCACACAACUUUUGACAUAUCUAAUUUUAUCUUUAAAUUCUUUGGCUUGAAUAGAACAGAGAAAAAGACUCAGAAUGAGAGCAAAGAAACACUCAAGCCAACAGUCCAGUCUUUUCAGUGAACAGAAUAGUAAGGAAUCUUUCUAAGACUGUCCCUCUGUGUUUUCCCAUUGCUUUGUAGGUGAUCAUCCUUAACCACCCUGGCCAGAUCAGUGCUGGUUAUGCUCCUGUGCUGGACUGUCAUACGGCACACAUUGCCUGCAAGUUUGCAGAGCUCAAGGAAAAAAUUGAUCGGCGCUCAGGCAAGAAGCUUGAGGACAACCCAAAAUCCCUCAAGUCUGGAGAUGCUGCCAUCGUGGAUAUGAUUCCUGGCAAGCCAAUGUGCGUUGAGAGCUUUUCUGAGUACCCCCCACUCGGUAAGUUGAAGAGUAGGACAAAGAAUCAAAGACAUUAAGGAUAGUACCACUUUCAAAGCAUAAUCCAAACUAAAUCUUCACUUUUCUACACCAUACAGGUCGUUUUGCAGUGCGUGACAUGCGGCAGACUGUGGCUGUUGGUGUGAUCAAGGGUGUGGAGAAGAAGGUCUCCACCACUGGUAAAGUUACCAAGUCUGCCCAGAAGGCCCAGAGGAACAAAUGA